AAUGGUUUCCGGCACAAAAGAGUUCCAUAAUUAUUCCAAAAGAGAACGCAGGUCGCUGUGAAUAAUAUUUGGUUUUACCGAGUACUAAUGAAGAGGAAAAGUAGGAUGGUCAUUGUGGCUGUGAUACAUAUUUGGACCACAGAAUGGACAGGAAGACGGCAUAUAUAAGAUAGAUGAUAUGUUUUCUUUUUCAAUGGAUCUUGACUGUCUUCCUUCCCUACCUGUAUUUAAACAUAUAACAGAAUCUUAUCAAAAUCUACCUAUUUUUUAGCUAAGCAUAACAUGUUUCAUUUAUUUAUGAACGUUUGUUUAUGGUAGUUUUUCCAAAUAUCAUCAAGUUGAGGAAAAACAACAUAACAAUCAAGACAUUUUUUUAGUUUAAAACCAUUCAUUAAAUAAAAAAAGAAAGAAAUAGAAUAUCGAAAUGAAGAAAAAGAAGACUGUCAUUUAUGCAAUAUUUAUUGCCAUUGGUGUAUAUUUGUUUGUGCAAAUUAGUUACUUUAAUGAGGCAUAUAGCCCUCUCCAAGUUUUGUCUGAUGCUCGGAGUGAAGCAAAGCGUCUUCUUCGGUUUAUUACCCUACAACAUUUCCAAUGUAACUCCACCAUACAAAUCUCAAAUAAUACCUACUGGCCCAUCUGCACAGAGAAGGAUGGAGGAGUCAACAUUGACACCAGGGGCAGGAAACUAGCAUAUUCUAUAGGACCUAAAGGGGAUUUAGAAUUUGAAAGGAUUGUUGCAAAAAAUUUGUCUUUUAAUCUGUACAUGUUCGAUACAGACCUGACAACAGUAGACUUUUCUCUGCGCUCUAACAACACACGGUCCAUGCACAUAUCUGUUGUACCGAAUGAUCCUGCUGACUUUGUACGCAACUCUUAUGAUACACAGACAAUAAAUAAUAUAAUGUUGAGCCUUGGCCAUACCUAUAUAGACAUCCUAAAGAUGGACCACUUUGUAGACAGCAGUCAGUCACAUGAUGUCCUGUACUUCAUGAUCAAAGAUGACCUUCUGUCGCGAGUCGGACAACUCCACAUCGCCCUCCAUAUUGAAUCCUGUGUUUAUUACAUGUCAUGGGUCAGGGAUCCUGGACCAAGAGCCUUCAUAUUCUACCCUCCAGCCCAGGAUGGAUCAGAGGAGUCUGAAGCAGAGCGUCUUGUGGACUACCUGGACAAUGAAGAGGCAUCCUGCUCAGAUAAUUUGGACAUUGGACUGACUAACACUUUGCCACUGGACAUCUGUUUAAAUGAAGGAUACCUGCAUAAGCCUUGUAACAUCAUUAUUGUACGGAACAAAGGUACAAGCUUUACAGUGUCCAGUCUGUCCAAAGGUCAGUGUCAUGCUGUGGUGCUGGAGACUCAACCAUCUACUUACAACUUUAACAUCCAUGAAUACUUCGUAAACGUUAAAGGGUCCCUGUUGCCCUCGAUGACCCACCACACCACACUGAUUGAGGCGUUGGACAAGCACCUCCACACAGGCAGUUCUAACAUCCUGUACCUGGACAUGCCUGAGCUAUUGUGGGACCUAAUCGGACCUCUCCUGGAUUCUGGACAUGUUCAGAGUGUAAAUCAACUGAUAGUAGAUGUUGAUGUUUGGAAUGAACACAGUGUAAAGCCCUCACAUAAUAUCCGUCGGAGAUUCAGUGAACUCAAAAGAAUUGGAGCCUACGGGUUCCAGAUUUACAAGUCCAAAACUCUGCUAGAUACUCACACAUUACACUUCCAGAGUAACCUUAAGACAAACAAAAAGUGUUGUCACAGAGUGAACUUUGUACGUACCAAGCAUGUCAGUAUUACAUAAUACAUGGUGACAUUUGAUCACUGCUAGGAUGGUAUUUGUGAUAGAUCGAUGUGUGUGUGUGAGUAUAGACAUGUAGUUAAACUAUUAUUUAUGUUGAGUUUAACUAUCAACUGAGAUUGAGGCUCUUAUUAUUGCAUCAGGUUCAACCUUAUAAACAUGCUCAAAUAAGCUUUUUCAUGAUGUAUCAACCAUCGUCUGUCCUGUGUUCACCAGUCUAAGCACAGGACCACCCCAAGGUUCAACCUGCUGCAUAGCAAUCAAUGUUUGAGAUAUUAUUUUCUGAAAACAUACGCAUGUAGUUAAAUCGAAUGUUCAUGAAUCAAAGUUAUCUAAUUUUGAUGAGAACAUAUGCUGCAUCAUAUUUUGAGUAUGUAUACAAAGUUCAGCCUUAACGACCAUAGUUUAAACAUGAACAAAAAUGAAAAUAAAAGAACAUGCACAGUGAAUAAAACAGUCAUUAACAGUCAAGUACUGGUAGGAUCAAAAAAUGUUUUCUAUGAACUUGAGCAGAAGUCAUACUUGUGAUUUUAAUAUAUUUGGGCUGUAUCCUUGUCCUCUUGAUAAAAUAGUCUUAUUGAGAAGAAAAACUAUUUCAAGUAUAGUUUCAAUUGUUAAAACAAGUUAAAUUUUCCCCAUCAAAAUAGCCAACUGUUCAGUAAAUACUAAAAGUAAUAAGGUUUAACAGAAAAUGAUCUUCAUCUCUGUAGAAAGGCCUCUGGUUGUACAUUCAAAUGUAUCUCGGUAUGAUAUAUCCCGUAUGAUAUCCAGUAUGAUAUCUCGGUAUGAUAUAUCCAGUAUGAUAUCUCGGUA